AUGUAUAACUCUCACACAGGGAAACAUUCAUCACAUAAAUCACCCAUAUGGAAAAAUCUACAAGGCACUCCUAGACAACCAACAAAUGUAGAGUGUGGCUAUUACGUGAUGCGUUUCAUGAGAGAUAUAAUUCAUGAUCCAACCCUAGUCUUUGAGAAGAAGUUUGACAAGAAAAAGAAACCAGUUAUGUAUACUCAAGAACAUAUUGACGAAGUCAGGCUGGAAUGGGGAGAAUUCGUGAACAAGCAAUUACAAAACAAUAAUUGA